CCAGACUUUAUUUCAUUGUCGAGCGGUCGCUGGCGUUGAGCGGCUGAAUUUUUCAAGAUCAGCUCGGAAUUAAACUGAAUCUGCCAUGAGGGCGUUCGUCUUUGUCUGCCUGCUGCUGGGAUGGGUGGGCGUGGCCAUGCCAAGGCGACUGCGAGGACCACAGGCUGAUCGACUCCCAGUUACCCUGUACUACGAAGCACUGUGUCCCUACUGCAUGGAGUUCGUCACCACCCAGCUGAGUCCUUCGAUGAUUCGCCGGGGUCGACUGCCAUUCACUGAUCUUACGCUGGUUCCCUAUGGAAAUGCCAGGAUCGACGACGCCGGAAAUGUGGCCUGCCAGCAUGGGGAGCUGGAGUGCGAGUUGAACUCCUGGCAUGCCUGCAUCCUGGAGCACCAUGACAUUACCUCAUCCCUGAAGCUCAUUGCCUGCCUGAUGAGGUUCAAGAAGAAUAGGCUGGACAAGUGCGCUGACCGCUUGAAAAUCGACGUUACCGAUGUCAAAAACUGCAAAAACACGCGUCAGGUGAACGACAUUCUGAAGAAGUACGGCGAGGAAACAGCAAAGAUCUCAUUUCUGGGAGUGCCAGCCAUUGCCUUGGACAACAUUUAUGAUGCUAACCUGUCAGCAAAUCUAACUGAUAAUUUCGAUUCCAUUUUUUGCGCCACGUAUAAGGAAAAGUUUAACAAGAAGCUCGACAACUGUCAGUAAAUAUAUAGAGCCUUAUUGAGGCCCUUACCUUUCCAGCUGUGUUCAUUUUCGAUUGAAAUGGAAAGGUUAUGUACGUAGAAAAUAAAAUAUAUACUUUAUUGAACCAUUGCUUGGUCAAAAUGCUA